UUCGUUCCACAUUUGUCGGGCAAGCUGCGUCGACAGUUCUUCAGUCGCUUGUUGUCGUUGUGACGUUCUCGUUGUCGCCUAGCGCCGUUUAUCGCUUGUUCUUUGCAGCAGCAUAAAAAAGUGUUUGACAAAACAAAAAAAAAAGAGGAUUAAGCACAGGAGUAGUACACCUAAAGAAGUUAACAAUUAAAUCGAAACAUUCGAGUGUGAAAAUAUUAUUAAAAACAAAGAGCUUUAAACUGUGUGUUUUUCAAUCGUUUCAAAUAUAUCCAAUUGAAUCAAAAUGCAGUACAUCUAUGUGAUUAGCGCGCUCAUUUUGGCAAUUGCCGUGCAGCAAGGCGCUGCCAUCAAAUGCUUUGUCUGCAACAGCCACAAAGACGCCAACUGUGCGCUGGAUAUACCCCCAGAUAAUUUGCUGAAGGACUGCCAGGAGGAUUACUCGACACGCGGCAAGGGCAUACCGACCUAUUGUCGCAAGAUCACACAGAUCAUUGAGUUCUCCGUGAAUAGCCUGCCACCAGAUAGCCGUGUGAUACGCACCUGCGGUUUCCAGAAUCAAACAUCGACCAAUUACUGUUAUCAGCGCGCCGGCUUUGGUGGCCGACAGGUGGUCUGCUCCUGUGAUACCGAUAACUGCAACGGCGCCUCUGCGCUUAGCGGCAUCUCGGCUUUGGGCAUGCUUGGCACCGUUGGCCUCAUAUUGAGCGCCUUCAAGUGGCUGCAGCGUUAAUUCAGCUGAACAAUUCUGUUGUUUUUUAUGUUUAUUUUUCUCUCUAUUUUUCCUCACACCUCUGCUCUGUUGAACCUUUCAGUUCGUCCUUUAACUUUUCACAUUGAUCUACAAAACAAAAAGCCCAAACAACAAAAACUUUAUGCUCCACCAGUUGCUACAGUUGUUUAAUUUCAGCAACAAUGUCAAAUGGCAAAAGCUUUAUAAACAAAAAGAAACAAAUCUUUAAGUGUAUAUAAAAAAAGAAACAAACAACAAUUGGCCAAUAAAAUUAUGUCAUUACAAUAAUAUGGAUUUUGAAACUAAAGUAUUUAAUAACAGCAAUGAUAAUAGAAAUACAACAACAACAACAACAAAAACCUACCGUAAUUACAACAUGAAAAGUAUUCGAAGCCCCCCUAUAAAAGUAAAUGAUUAAAUUUAAUCAAAUGAAACGUUGUAGUUAAGAUGAUAAAAAAAAAAUUAAAAGUAACAAAAAAAAAAACAUUUAACGAAAACUUAGUAGUACAUACAUAUACAAAAUAAAAAUGUUAACACUUUUGCUCUGAGUUCCCUUUUUUAUUUUCAUAAGAACGUUUUCUAACAAACCAAACGAAAGCUAAACAAAAAGUAUUUAACAAAUAACAAAUCAACAAUGAUUGCUAAACAUUUUCAUAAAUAUAAUACAAAUCUUCUAGACAAAUUUAUAAUGAUAACGAUAUAAACCAAUUGAAUUCAAUCCCCAAUCAAACCAUUUAGGUUAAGCUAAAAAAAAAACACGCUUAAAUGGACAUCGCCAGAGGCCAAGCGAUAAUCACGCUCCCCAUACAUAUUGAACACUCGUUGUAACCAACUGCCAAAGAAAAAAAAAAGAAAACUUAAAACAAGGAACCAUUGAUCCUAUUGGGAUUCCCCUUUGCUACAAUCUAGGAAAAAGUUAAAGCGAGGGCGCAUAAUGGAAAUUGAGAAAACCGCAGAUACCAAAAAAAAAAAAGAA